GCAUCAUCCACACGAGGUAGGAUUUUGAGGCGUGCAUGAAUGGGGAAUGAUUCUGCGCUGCUGCGCGGAUUGGAUGAUGAGUGUGUCUGUUGUUCGCGAGUGGGCGCAAGGGGUUGGAUGAGUAUAUAAGAGAGGGGAUGGAGAGGUUAGGGACUAGAUAACAACUUCUGGCAUCUGGAUCUACUUGCGUGUUUACAAUUGCGAAGACUUUUUCUCUGUGUAUGUUUGGACUUUCUGACCUGAUGGCUGAAAGAGGUUUCGAGAGCAUUCAUUCGGGGCACGAUAAGCUGCCGCGAGACUCAGCGGUCAAGCGUGGGAUCAAGAAGGUCGUCGGUGCUUUUGGGUUCACGAAGACGUAUAACUUUGUGCUCUACACCAUAACAGUUGGUGCGCUGGUCGGCUUCGUGCUGGCUCGACUGGAGUAUCUCAAUGUUGGAGGCGUGUUCCUUGCGAAAGCCAUCCCCGGCGAAGCCUACCACUACACCCACGGCCACCGCCGCAUCGGCAUCACCAUCCACCUCAUCGGCGUGCUCUUCGGCGGCCUCCUCGCCGCCCUCCAGUUCACACCCAUCAUCCGCCACAAAGCCCUCUGGCUACACCGCAUCAGCGGCUACGCCGCCACAACCCUCCUCCUUCUCGGCAACGCAGGGGCAUUCAUGAUCAUGGACACCAGCAUCGGCGGCGCGCCCGCAAUGCGCGUGUGGUUCGGCCUCCUAGGCGCCGCCACCACGCUCGGCCUCAUCCUGGCCGUUACCAACAUCAAGCGCCUGCAGAUCGACGCGCAUCGCGCCUGGAUGAUCCGUGUGUGGAGCUGGGCGGCGUGUAUUGUCAGUCUGCGGCUGCUGCUGCUGGCGGGCAUGCAUGUGGUGCGGGUGUACGGGGUCGAGCUCGUGACGGCGCUGCGCUGCGACGAGAUCUUCAGCAUGUACACGAUCAACGCGGGGAUUCCGGACGCGCAGAACCCGGCCGGGCUGAUUUAUAGCGAGUGUGGCGCUGGGGCGAAGACGAGUGCGGUGCAGGUGUUGGUGUCGAGUCUGGGGACGGGGCCGGAGAGUAGUGCGGCGGCGCUGCGGCCGUUGUUUCUGAUGGCGGCGUGGCUGGCUUUGGCGAUUCAUGGGUCGUUGGCGGAGUUGUAUUUGUGGUUGACGCCUGCGGAGAGUUAUCGGUUGAGGGUUGUGAGCUAUCAGAGGCAGGUUGCGAGGGGGUGGAGGAAGGCCGGGGAUGGGAAGGAUGCCGGGUUGACGAGUACGCGACUGGGAGAUGCGCCGGCGUGGUGGUCGUUGCCGGCUGAGGAGCAGAUCAAGAUUUUGGCUGGUGAGAGGAUAGCUGCUUGAGGUGCUAGCGAGAUAGAGGAUGAUGAAGAUGAUUUUGAUCUCAAUAUGUUAUGGAGUCAGGAUAGGUCGGGCGGCCAGUAUGUGGCAUGAUAUGAUGUAGUCUUUCUGUAAUUCCUCUACU